AUGAAAGACAUGAUGCUCGAAGGACCCACCUCGGCGCCGUUAAUCGAACGUCUCCUCGCCGAAACCCUAAAAACCUCGUUCUCCCGGGGAAUCACCGACGUACGGUACCGACCAGAAGAGAAAAUCCGGCUUCCGACCUUCGCCGGAAAGGAAGACCCGACUGACCAUAUCACCGCUUUCAAUAUCGCGAUGGGUCGAACUAACUUUUCCGAUGAAGAAAGAGACGCUGGCUAUUGUCGACUCUUCGUCGAGAGUCUUCAAGGACCAGCCCUCGGGUGGUUCACUGGAUUGGAACGAGAUUCCAUCAACGAUUUUCACGACCUGGUGGCCGCUUUCCUCAAGCAGUGCAUCAUGUUCACGAGACAAGGAGCUACCCUAUCCGACCUGUGGAAUCUAUCUCAGGGAGCAAACCAGAGCCUCCGCGACUACAUGGAAAAGUUCAAAGGUGUCGCUUCAAAGGUGCAUGUCCCCGACAACAUCGCCGUUGAUGCGCUGAUGAACACCCUCUACUUCAAGUCCCUGUUUCGCGAGGAUCUCUACAGAAACCCCACCAAGUCGCUUCAGGAUGCUAUCGCCAGAUCGAACAUUUUCAUCCGAAUGGAAGAAGACACAGCAGCGAUACUCAAGAAAAUCAAUGCGACCGCUAAACCGAUAGCUCCAAAAGCUCCUAAGGCACGCCAAGAACCUUGA